AUGUUAUCUUACCAUGUGCAGACAAGCAUUGAAACACUUCCAAGUUCAUCAGACUCGGUUGUCCGAGCUCUUACUUCUGUCGUGAGGGAGCAAAUGCAUACCAUUGCAGGAUUGUCUCUAACAGUGAACGCCCUACUAUCUAAGCUGAAGGAGCAAGACAAAGAGUUGAAAAGGACUACUUUUCACGUUGCAAGAAAUCGAGAGAUAUCGUUGCCAGAGGGUUACACACUAGAAAGAAAAAAUAUAUCGAGGGUCUGGCAUCGUGACAGUUCACCACCCUUCAAGGAGUUCAAUAUGGUUGAAGUCAUGGAAAAAUGGCAGAGACCAAAACGCGCGCAUGACCAUGAUCAUUUCCUUUUGGUGCUCGACUUUAUGCGACACUUCUUUCUAAAUGCGUGCGAACCACCUACGAAAAUUCAACAGUACGCCUGUAGACAGAGCGGAAAGAAGGGAAAAUUUGACCAUCUUAAGGACCUCCCGGAAGGAUUAGUCGAUUUCUUAAUAAGUUUCAUCCUUGACGCUCUUGGCCUACACCGCGACCAGCUUUUGAGGACGCCAGAUGAGCACAAACGGAAUCCAAAUAAGUGGUGGUUGGACUUGGCCGAAAAUGACGACGCUCGCGAAAGAUUAUUCCACGUCCUCUCAGAGAAAAGAGUAAUCUGGAGCGGUAAAACGAGGAUAGCAAUAGGGAGAGCUUUGGAAGACCUUCGAAGGUAUCAUUUUGACCCUGAUAGGGCCAUGCUCCUUCCAUCAAAGAAAAAGCGUGUCAUGGUCGAAGGCAGCACUGUUACUAAAAAAGACGAAGUGAUCCAGAAGACUGAAACCGUCGAAGACGAAGUUGAAGUAGUCGAAGACUGAUGCUGUUCUCAUUCUUAGUCGUAGUUUUUUCGUAAUGUGUCGUUUUUGUGGUGUUUUCAAUCCUGUAAUUGCUGCUGACUGUGCAUAUCAUUUCCAUGUCAUUGUAAACUCUACUCGAGAAGAUCAUGCGGUAUUUGUUAAUAAAUUUUAUGACGUA